UAUACAAAUUUAAAACUUUUGUCAGAUGGUCUUCUACUAAAUUAAUAUGAAUUCUACAGAAUCUAGUGAUGAACUGGAAGUAGCAGGUGACUCUGCAACAGUUUUUAUCAGGUUAUCUGAAAUGGUUCGGAACCAGUACUUAAACUUUCUGGAACAACAGUUAAUUGCAAAUGCAAAAAUGUGGCGAGUCUCACACGACUUAACGCUCAACGAGACUAAAUUUAAGGAACAUAUACAUAACUGUGCAGAAUUGUUGGAAAAAAAAGCUAUUAAAUCAUGCAUGAUGACACAAAUCUACCAAAGGAAAAUGCUGAAAAUAAUAGCAGAAGUGCGUCGAUCAACACAGCAGUGCCGUUUGGAGAAAACGUUACAAUCUGAAAUUGAAAAUAUAGGAAAUAUAAAAUUUGUAAAUACCGGCACACAGACUGAAAAUUUCAAUAUUGAAAAUUACGAUUUGGAGACAAUUCAUUCACCUGAUAAAUUAAAUACGUUAAACUCACUCUGCGAAAACAAGCAGAUAUAUGAAUAUGGUGAUAGCAAUGAAAUAUAUAAAAGAAAAAGAUUAAAACUAUUUAAAAAUUCUAACGUUAAAUCACGGAUAAAAUAUAAAAAAUUUCGGAGCAAUUUAAAGGCAGAUGCAACUACAAAUUUAGCAUAUUCCAAAAGUAUAAAUCCUGAAGCGUCUUGCAACUUAAAUAAGUCCGAAAUUGAGGUAGAUGAAAUUGAUGCAGAACUAUCUAAACUAUUUUAUGAAGAUGCUACAGAAUUUGAUCAGUUAUUUGGUAUUCAUCCAAACGUUGAAGUAGACCCACUUGUUAGUAAUAUACUUAAUGAAAUUGAAAAUUCCAAAUUACCGAAUAUAGAAGAUAGUAAUAGUAAAAGUGAUAUCUCGCCAACAUAUAUUGAAACCAAUAUGGAAUCUAAUUAUGCUGUAUCAAUAAGUGAAUCAAAUAAACGGCUAGCAUUAAAUCAAGAGAUGGCAAAAGAUUUAAGUCAAAGUCCUUGGCCUUGUGAACUGUUUAUGCAAAGACUUCGUUUACAUGAAUGUCUUAAUCGACUAAUUGAUAAAGAUCUUCGUUGGCAUGACUUAAUAAAAUGUAAAUUUAGAUCUUUGUUUGGAGAAGACAGCGAUGAUGAAUUUACAGUACAUAGUCCUUCAAUAGAAUUAGAUGAUGUUUUGAUUAAUAGCUGCAUACUACGAAUUUCUGGUUGGAUCGUACAACAUUUAAUGAAGCCAUAUAAAGAUGGUUUAAUAGCUAAUCGUUUUCUAUUUAAGAAAUUAGCUAAAAAAAUUGCAAAAAGUAUAAUCAUGGAAAAUCAAUAUCCUAGUGAGCAAUUUGUUAAGGAAGUUAUUGAAAAUUUCUUCUGCGAAUAUGUGAAAGUGACAUCAAUUGAUUUUUUAAAUAAUAUGGAAGUGCGAAUUUACCCCAUUGAUGAGUAAUUAAUAUAAUUGUAUUGGUAUUAUUAUAUUGUUUGCGCUGGUAUUAAUUUAUUUAACUUUUUUAUAUAUUUGUUCAAUGUUCCAAUUUAUGAACUAGAACAAGUUCGGGUUAAAUGGUUGUUAUAAAGUAUAGUGCAAAUACAAUAGUUUCUAAGUCACGCUUUAGUACGCUUUAUAGAUUUCUCACCUGAUAAAAUUUUCCUGAUAGGUAUACAUAUAUAUUAUUAUAUAUUAAAUGAUCUCCAAUCCUUUUAAAAACAUACAUAAAUUAAUUUAAAUUGUGCGAAUAAUACAUUUCGACAUACAUAAGUAAACAUAAGUUUACUCUGUCAUGUAGAGAGUACUGCAUAGUCAAACUGUCUUUGAUGUAUGAAUAUAAAAUCAAGUCUAUAAUAAUAAUUAAGUAUUAACAACAUUAGGAACUAGAUGACACUAGAUGACGUGCUAUCACUGUACCAGUAGAUGGCACGCUACUGAACUUAACUAAAUGUAAAAUGACUAUAUGAAAUCAGCUUCGGAUAAGCUACCUGUAGUUUUUAACUAUAUUCUACGCAUACGCCCAAACAAAUUCAAUUUGAAGUCCGAUUGUAGAAAAAUGAACAUAAUAAAAGAAAAAAUUCAUUCUUAGAAAA